GAAACCGUCGUAAAAAACUACAAUAAGAUGGCCGCUCUCAGUCUUCUCCCUGUUGCAAAUAGCGUAAUAAACGUAUAUUUUGUCGUUAUUUAUCAAUAAGAACGUGAUAUACAAGUCUUUAGUUUUACUGUGUUUAUUGGUGCUUCUAUACAAAACAGCUUUUUACCUCCAUUCAGAACUUAUUUCGACUAUGUAUAAUUAUUUUAUCUACUCAAAUUGAUUUUUCUUGCGCAAGCAAAAUUUGAAACAGCUGGAAAUGAAACGUUCUUGAGCUUUUUAUUGUUACGGCUGUAUUAAAUAUGUAAAGAAAUCGGUUAUAGAGAAAAAUACUUUGAAUUUCAGUUACAGAUUGGACACAUUACAGAUUAUUUCUCUUUUUUACUAAAAUCAAGAUGACGAACAAACACUGUUCAGAAGUAUUAAAAUUCAAAAUUUUCACCACAAUAUAAAUUUCAACACUGACUUUUGCUUCCAUUUUUAUAUCAACAAACAAGCCCAAUGCGUCCAACAAGUUACUCCCAUACCAGGAAUCAGAGAUCCAGUAGAUAUAGUGAAGACCCUGUUCCUUCUACUUCACGUUCAAGAACUGAAGAAGAGAUCAAGACAAGAAGAGAAGAAUGGAGACGUCAGCAAGAGUUAGAGAUGGAACAUGAGAGAUUAAAACGACGAAAAAUUGAGGAAUGGGAAAGAAAACGGGCCCAAGAGCUGGGUAAAAGAAGCCCUAGUGACUCUCCUCCUCAUCAUCAUACAGGAAGAUCUUCACCAAUUCAAUAUCUAUCUACUUUCAAAGAAAAAUCAAACGGAGAAAAACCCCUGUUCAAAGGUCCAGAGGGUGCACCCAUUAAUUCGACAGAGUUAUGUCGAAUUCAAAUUAAUAUUUCCAGAAACAUCCCUAUAAAGGGUCCUAUUCCUGAAAUAAAACGAGACAUACCUAAUAUUGAUGAUGUGAUUAUCUGGAGAAGAGAUGCGCAACAAAGGAAGAAGCUAACUUCGAUGCUUGAAGUAGUUUUUAUUAAACUUAUCAGUUUUAUUGCCAUAUCAAUUAUAUAAGAUGUAAAGAUAUGGUCACGUCAAGUCAAAACAUUGUCAAAUGAAACAUAUUAUUAGACCAUUAUUCAUAAUCUAAUUUAAUAUUUAAGAUGACUUUAAAUAUUAGAUUUGACUAUGAUUCUUAGCCAUAUAUUAACUUCUACACGAAGAUUUUAUUCCCAUAAAAAAAUCAUCACUGAAGAUGUAACACUGUGUUUUAAAAAGUAUGAAAAUUGUUACUACAUUUUAUAAAGCAAAACUAAACAGUUUAACAAAAAUAAAAAACAAGAAUAUUUUUUCAAA